UGUGGAUGUGAGACAGGUGAGCAAGGAAGGCAGAUGGCAACAAGGAACAGCCCUAGCCCCAAGCCGAUGGGCACGGCUCAGGGGGACCCGGGAGAGGCCGGCACCCUGCCAGCUCCUGAUGCUGGCAUCCGGGACACAAGUUCGGCCACUCAGCUGAAGAUGAAGCCCAAGAAGGUGCGCAAGAUCAAGGCGCUCAUCAUUGACCUGGGCUCCCAGUACUGUAAGUGUGGCUACGCGGGUGAGCCAAGGCCCACCUACUUCAUCUCCUCCACGGUGGGCAAGCGCUACUCGGAGGCGGCCGACUCCGGUGACACCCGCAAGGAGACCUACGUGGGCCACGAGCUGCUCAACAUGGAGGCGCCUCUGAAGCUGAUCAACCCGCUCAAAUACGGCAUCGUGGUGGACUGGGACUGCAUCCAGAGCAUCUGGGAGUACAUCUUCCACACGGCCAUGAAGAUCCUCCCCGAGGAGCACGCCGUGCUGGUCUCUGACCCCCCGCUCAGCCCCACGAGCAGCCGGGAGAAGUAUGCGGAGCUGCUCUUCGAGACCUUCGGCAUCCCUGCCAUGCACGUGACGUCCCAGUCGCUGCUGUCCAUCUACUCCUAUGGCAAGACCUCCGGGCUGGUGGUGGAGAGCGGGCAUGGCGUCUCACACGUGGUGCCCAUCUCUGAGGGCGACGUGCUGCCGGGCCUGACCAGUCGAGCCGACUACGCGGGCAGCGACCUCACCAACUACCUGCUGCAGCUGCUCAACGAGGCCGGCCACACGUUCACCGACGACCACUUGCACAUCAUCGAGCACAUCAAGAAGAAGUGCUGCUACUCGGCCCUCAAGCCAGAGGAGGAGCUCGGCCUGUGCCUGGAGGACCUGCGCGUGGACUACGAGCUCCCGGACGGCAAGCUCAUCACCAUCGGCCAGGAGCGCUUCCAGUGCGCCGAGAUGCUCUUCAAGCCCACUCUGGUAGGCAGCAACCAGCCCGGCCUCCCUGCGCUCACGGCCGCCUGCCUGGACCGCUGCCAGGAGGCGGGCUUCAAGGAGGAGAUGGCCGCCAACGUGCUGCUGUGCGGCGGCUGCACCAUGCUGGAUGGCUUCCCCCAGCGCUUCCAGAGGGAGCUGAGCCUCCUCUGCCCCGGGGACAGCCCUGCAGUGGCCGCAGCUCCCGAGAGGAAGACCUCCGUGUGGACCGGCGGCUCCAUCCUGGCCUCCCUGCAGGCCUUUCAGCAGCUCUGGGUCAGCAAGGAGGAGUUUGAGGAGCGGGGCAGUGCGGCCAUCUACAGCAAGUGCUGACCGGCCAGGUCUGGGGGCAGGCGGCCACAGGCCACUCUAUACGCAUUUACAGAAUUUCACAUAAAAUUUUAAAGUGCAGUGG